AUGGAGAGUAGUAAAAAAUCGUCUGAGCGUCAAUCUGAGGAAAAAUAUGAUUCAGUAAGUGAAGAAGAAACUUUAGUUAGUGAAUUCGAAGAAGAAGAAGAUGACAUAGCCAAUAAAGAGGAUUAUGUUAAAACUGAAGAGAAAAGAGAUGAUCUGUGUAUUGGAAUGGAGUUUAGUUCUGAUGAAACUGCACAUAAAGCUUACAAAAAAUUUGCAGGUGAACAUGGUUUCAAUAAGACGGGAAAAUAUAAGAUUGUGUCUUUCAGCCAAGAUCAUAAUCAUGAUUUAGUGAAGACGCCUAUGAAGCAUUUGAUGAAGGGAAACCGGACGUUCUCUCUCGCUCAAACACAACAUGCUGAUGAUGCCGAGAUGCCAGGAAUUUCAGCAAAAGCAACAGUUGAAAUGAUGAGUAGAGAAGUUGGGGGGCGAGAAAAUCUAGAUGAUCGGUCUAUACGUGAUUAUAAUCUUUUUGGAGAUGUCGUCUGCUUUGACACAACUUAUAAGACCAAUGAAUAUGAUAGACCAUUUGCUCCAUUUGUAGGGGUCAAUCAUCAUAAGCAAACUGUAGUGUUUGGUGCUGCUCUCUUAUAUGAUGAAACCAUUGAGUCAUAUAGGUGGCUUUUUGAGACUUUUCUUGGAGCAAUGUCUGGAAAACAACCAAAAACUAUUCUUACUGACCAAUCUGCAGCAAUGGCGAACGCAAUAGUGAAGGUGUUCCCUGAAACAAAACAUAGGUUGUGUGUUUGGCACAUUUACCAAAAUGCUGCAAAGAAGUUGAGUCAUGUAUUUCAUGGGUCAGGACAAUUUGCCACAGACUUUGGAAAGUGUGUAUAUGACAAUGAGGAAGAAGAAGAUUGGUUAUUGGCAUGGAGUAAUAUGCUCAAGAAGCAUAAUUUGAUAGAGAAUAAAUGGUUAAAGAAUGUGUUUGAGGUGAAAGAAAAAUGGGCAAUGGUAUAUGGACGUCAUACUUUUACGGCAGAUAUGGUGAGAACACAGCGUAGUGAAAGUAUGAAUAAUAUUUUGAAAAGAUACUUGAAGAGUAGUUAUGACUUGUUGUCCUUCUUUGAACAUUAUGAGAGAGUGUUGGAUGAUCGGAGAUAUAAUGAGUUAACUGCUUACUUCAAAAUGAUGCAUACCUCUUCGGUAUUAUCUGCUACUGUAGAGAUGUUGCAACAUGCAGAGGAAGUAUAUACACCCGAAGUUUGUAAGUUGUUUCAGAAGCAAUAUACAGCUAUCGGUGAUUAUGUUGCCAAAAAAAUCAGUAAGUCUGAGAUAGUAUAUGAGUACAAAGUAUCUUAUCGUGGUGGACCGCGAGAGCAUUUGGUUAAUUAUGAUGCUGAAAACCAAACGAUACAGUGUAGUUGCAUGAAGUAUUUAUUUGCUGGGAUCUUAUGUCAGCAUGCAUUGAAAGUAUUGGAUAAGAAGGAUGUUAGGAGAAUUCCAUCUAGCUACAUCUUAAAUCGAUGGAGUAGAGAGGCAAAAUCACGAAGCAUAUCUUCUUAUCGUUCAGAGAUAUCUAAUGGAACAGUAACACAAUCGAUUGGAAAGCGUUAUAGUCAUUUAUGUCGUAAUUUCCGUGAGAUUGCAUCUCUUGCUGCUGAACAUGUAGAAUUGACGAUGUGUGCGAAUGAAGCUGCAAGCCAGUUGCUUAAAAAAUUGGAGGAAAAGAAGAAAGAACUUGUGAAAGCUAAUGCAUGGAUGCUCCCAACUUCAAAUGUUGAACAUGGGGAAAGAGAAGAAGAGGACGAAGUUCUAAAUGCACGUGGAAUUAAAAGAAAAACUACUGUUGGAAGACCAAAGAACAAACCAGUCGGACCCCAUGGUCGAUACUUGAAUGUUCUUGAAACGAAAAAACGUGGUACAUCAAAGAGAAAAUUAUCAUUCCAGAUAUUUAAAAAAUAA